GUGUGGGGGAGCGGUCCUGGAACGCUGUACUCGCUGGGUAAUUAAGCUCUUGACUGACAGCAGAGUGCCAAAAGGCGCAGACGCAUUCCGAUUGGCCAGGGCGCACUUUACAAUCUCCUCUUGUUUCCAAGCUCAGCGUAGGCAGAGCGCUUUUCCUCCUCAAACAUUCGCCUACAGAGGUACACGAAGGGGCUGAAACCAGGAGAGACUAUCCGCUGACUUCGUCCAAGCCUAGCUCGCUUCAGUUCAGCCCUACUUUAGAUUUUCUCCUGCUCCAUUACUCUGUUUCUACAUGAAGUGACUUCCAGAUCGCUUGUCUGAGCCGUGCCGAGCUGCAUUCCUUUCGAUGUUGCUAAACGGAAACAUGAAUUCUGCUCUCGGGUCUCUGGAGAGGGUGAUUCGGCUGGCUGUGACAGUGGCGCUCAUAUCAUCGUGUAGUGCGUCCGAGGACGAGUACGUCUGGAGGCCGGACACGUACAACGGCGGACGCAGCUACGGCAAGCCACCCCAGUGUGUGGACAUCCCGGAGGACUUGAGGCUCUGUCACAACGUAGGCUACAACCAGAUGUUGCUGCCCAGCCUUCUGGAGCAUGAAACCAUGGCCGAGGUGAAGCAGCAGGCCAGCAGCUGGGUGCCACUGGUGCACAAGAACUGUCAUCCGGGCACACAGGUCUUUCUCUGCUCGCUCUUUGCACCGGUGUGUUUGGAGAGGCCCAUUUAUCCGUGCCGCUGGCUCUGCGAGGCCGUGCGGGACAGCUGCACCCCCAUCAUGGAGGCUUUCGGUUUCCCCUGGCCGGAUAUGCUCACUUGUGACAAGUUUCCUCAAGGCGAUAUGUGCAUUUCCAUGAACGCCACUGAUGCCAGCAAUGCCACCAAGCCGACAGGUUACUCCCCCAUCUGUCCACCAUGUGACAAUGAAAUGAAAACAGAUGCCAUAAUGGAGCACAUGUGUGCCAGCGAGUUUGCAUUCAAAACCAAGAUCAAGGAGGUGAGACGAGAAAACAUGGACCGUAAAGUGAUCCUGCAGAAGAGGAAGAAGAUGUUGAAAACCGGGAACCUCAAGAAAAAAGACAUUAAGACACUGGUGCUGUACUUAAAGAACGGCGCAGACUGUCCCUGCCAGCAGCUUGAUAACUUGAGUAACCAGUAUCUCAUCAUGGGACGCAGGGUGGAUCAGCAGUACCUCCUCACAGGCAUACACAAGUGGGACAAGUCCAGCAACGAGUUCAAAAAGGCCGUCAAGAAGCUGAAAUCCUACAAAUGUCCUUCAUUUGACAACGUUUUCUAAAAAUGAGCCUACCUCCUCCACCACACACAGAAAACACUUCAUCCUUCAUACUUGUUGAAAUCCAAACAGAUGAUUCCUUUUUUCAUGUCUACACAAACACACAUAGCUUUGUAUUUUCAAAGUGUAUUUUAGCUGAAUAAGGCGAGUGAGAUGCUUCAGAAAGGUUCUUUUUUUCUUUCUUCUGCUUAAGACGAGAACAUUAUUCUCAAUAAUCCAGUCGACUCCAUGUAAGUAGACACUCUGUUUCAGUCUCAUACUGUUGAUUCUGUUUGAAUGAAUGUUUGGAAUUUUUUUGUAAAACACUUCCAUUUUAUUACUUCAAUAAAUUAAAUAUAUUUGAA